AUGGAGGGCUCUGGCGAUUUUGGUGAAGGUCUUGACCAAGAGAGAUCAAUGGUGACUCCGUAUUACACUCCAUAUUUGAAGAAGGUAAAGCCGGAUUCUAGUCUUCAAUCUGUCAAUUUGGAUUUCUCUCCUAGCUCGGGUGGGGUUAGCUCUGACAUUUCUGUGAAGGAAGGCUCUGGAUCACCUUCCUCGCCCUCUUUGGAUUCAGAACCUGAAUCUUUUACCCAGUCUGUAAUCCGUAACCAGGGCACGCCGGUGAAUACCGAUGAUGAAGAAACCCUGGAAGGUAAGCUGAAAGAAGACAUUCCUGAUAUGGAAAGACCGAGCCAGUUUCUUGGGGACGGAGAAAAUAGAAGUUAUGAUGAGUUGCUCAAGAAGUUUAUAAAAAAUGAGGAAGAGCUAGGAGUUGCCAAUGUAAAACUUCAGCUCUCAGAAGAAGAGAUUAUCAAGUUGAAGAAUCAAAUUGAGAAAAGCGAGGAUCAACUUGAUAAUGUGUUGAAAGAAAUAGAACUGAAUAAGGAUGAACUAGAAUAUAAAAAGGGACAGGUACAAGAGUUGCAAAAUCAAACAGCUGAGUUGGAGACUCAAGUUCAUGAUUAUUGCUUUAAGAUUGCAAAUUUGGAGGAACAGCUGGAGAUAGCUAAUGAACACCUCAAGAUGUCAAAUGAUGAUAUUGCAAGAUUAAGAAAGGAACUCGAGAAUAGGUCAUUUGAGACUCAUCAGUUGCAAGGGCAGCUUGAAGUGGCACAUGAAAAUGUGGCUAAAUUAGAAUGGCAACUUGAUUCAGGGAAAAAGCAGAUCCGAGAGUUAGAAGAUGAGAUUACAUGCUUCAAAGCUAAUGAAACUAACCAUCAACAUGAGAUACAAAGAAUGAAGGAGGAAAUGCUUGAGAUGCAGGCACAAUUCUCUUUGGAGAAAGAUCAAUUGCAUUCUGAUGUUACAAGCUUGUCAGAACUGAAAAUGGAUUUGACCUCUAGACUGGAGGAAUGGGAGUGUAGAGGCAAUUUAUUUGAAAAUAAGUUGAGACAAUGUGAAGCUGAAAAUUUGGAGCAAAAGGAGCUGUAUGCUGCACAACUAUUGGUUAUAAAAAGUGAAAUAAGUUCUUUAAAGGAAGAACUUCGUCAGAGAAGAGAUGACGUGGAGGCUGUGAAUAAGGAGUUUGACAGGCAUAAACAAAAAUUUGACAUGCUCAUGACGGAAAGAGACGAAGCCAAUGCUAAGAUUGAUAAACUUAAGGCUGAGAUAAGCUUCCGAGACGAUCAAAUAGAAAAUAUGAAAAGAGAGCUUUUCCAGCUAAGCACACAGCAGCUUGAGCUGACCUUAGAAUCUGAAAUGAGAAUGACUUUAAUAGAUGAGCUGAAACUGAAAGUGGAGAGUCAGAAUGCUGUGAUCUCUGAUCGGAAUGAGGAGAAGAGGGAGGCACUGACUUUAGUAGGUGAGUUGAAACUGAAAUUGGAGAGACAGAAUGUUGAGAUCUCCGAUAGGAAUGAGGAGAAGAGGGAGGCAAUCCGGCAACUGUGCUUCUCGCUUGAAUACUAUAAGAGUAGAUAUGAAGAACUUCUUCAAGCUUUUACUGGUCAUAGACGCCAUACCGUCAUAGCCUCCUAA